UUCUCACUUUUUUUGCAGGCAUACAAGAAUUUUGGUAACCGUGUCAAGACUCUAAAAACCAAGUUGCAGGAAAAGAUGAAGACUUUACCGGAGCCGAGCCCUGUCCCGUCCCCAACCGUUGAUGCCCCCUCGCCAGAGAAUAGCGAUGAUGAAAAUUUGUCACUUCCUGAAUCAGCGUCUUCGGCCAUGGAUUCUUUUUUGAAUUCCUCCAAAUUUGCUGAGCUGGCCAAGGGUGCAUUGACUGGGGUUGCUGGAGGAGACCUUGAGGCACGUAUCUCUGCUCUCAGGAAGGAGGAAAAGAUGGAAAAGUCUCAGUUGAAGUCUUCGUCCUGCAUGGAGGUAAAGGAAGUUCAGGUGAUCAAGGAUGGCAAUCAGAGCAGUGACAGCAUAGAGAUUUGGGAGGUGGCCAACUCCAAAGAAACCCACGGAACUUGGGAUGGCAAAGAGACCUCAAGGGACACAGAUGAGCGGAGGGAAUCACUAGACGUCCAUGAGGUCCAUGACAGCUGGGACCGAGAGGGAGCACAGCAGAGGGACUAUGCAAGGGAGCACCGGAGCUCACGGUCCUCGAGGGAUUCCAGAGAUUCGCGUGAUGGUGAGGUGCGGGAUUCUUACAGGAGUAGCAGCUGGGACCAUGGGGGGUCUGACCGGGAAUAUUCGCACAAGCCAAGGGAUCGAGAAUAUUCCCACACGCCUGCCAGCUCAUAUGACUCUCCCAUUCAGCCUCCAAAGGACCUCAAACCAAUGAGUGCAGCUGAGCUCCUUGACACAUAUCUAAGCAAGUCAAGUGGUGGUGGAGGGAGUGGAAGUAGCAAUGCCACUUCCCCUGUGACACCUGCAUAUGACACUGCCAAGGCCCCAUCCACUCCUACUUCGCAGUCGGCCAUUCCUGAUCUCACCCGUCCACCCCCAAGCCUUUCCAUACCGCUGCCCCCAAAUAAUCCCCCCCCAUCCGAUUCCCCUUCCCCAUAUGUGCCUAGCCCCUUCAGCAACUCAAGGCCCUUCACACCAAAAUCACAUUAUCCUCAGGGAUACCCUAUCCCCCCAGAGACACCACCCAAGCCAUCCUAUACUCCCACACCUACAAGUGAUCAGCCUCCACCCUAUCCUCCCUAUGAAACACCUCCGGUCUGGGUUCCUCCACCUCCUCCACCUCCUCCACCCCCAGAAAUGGAUGGUUUGGGUGGACCAGGAAGUGACUAUGAAAUGACCAGAAACUACAGUGGAGGAUGGUCUGACUAUGACCAAUAUGCCAACUCAGGGGACCUGAAUGAAGAUGAUGCUGAUGAUCGCAAUUGGGGAGAACCUCCUGGCAAUGAAGAGCUUGAAGCUUUACAUUCAGACACACCUUCCUCUCCACCACCCUAUGAGAAAGGGUAUAGCGGCGCUCUCCACCCCCCACCCCUACCUCCUGCAUUUUGUGGUCCUGCCAGGAGCAACUUGAGAGAAUUAGUAUCGGAAGGGGAGGAUAGUGAUCAUAGAACAAACCUUGUUAGCAUAAAGCCACGGGGAGCUGAUAUGGAUUACCGUUGCUAUGAUUACAGCUCGCUGUCAGACCCCACAGGAGAGUCUAGUGUGGCACCCAUUCCCUCAAUACAGUCUUUGUUUGCCCCAGGAGACGACCAAGAUUUUAGAGUGAAGAAAUCGGGAUUGAAGCAAAACAAUGCAGAUUCAGGUUCUGACAUGGACAUCAGUGCCUCUGAUUCAGAAAAUGAUAUGGACAUCAGUGAUGAGUCUAUGAAGGAGGGUGCUAAUAGUAGAAAAGAAGGUGAAGUAAAGGAACCAAAGUUAACAAAAGAAUCUGUUAAGAACAGUUCCUCUAAGAAAACAAGUAGUGAAAAUGAAGUGAUAAAGGACCGUUCGACUAUAAAUGUUUCUGGAGACAAAGCCAAGCCAGUUGUGAAUAGUGCUAAGUCUGAGGCAGUUGGUGUGAAUACAAUAUCAUCUGUACUGGAUAGUACAAGUCCUGUAAAGAGUGAAGAGGAGAAAGUAUCGAAAGAUGAGUGCAUCAAGAACAAAGAUGUAAAGCCUCUACCAGUGACUAAAAGAGAAUCAGAAGGUGGAUCAAAUGGUAGUGUUAGUGAGGAUAAAGAGUGUGACUCAGAUAUGGGGGGCAGGGACUGGUACGGGGACUUUUGCCAUGAGGAGGCUGAUGAUGAGCCACAAGGGGAAGAAUAUAUUCCAACAGUCAUAGCUAAAAGUGGUGGAAGGGACAGCAAAGAAAGACCCAAGAGUGGGGGAAGGGGAAAUGGAGAUCGGGAUUACUCAGUCAAUCGGAACUAUGGAGAGAACAAUGUGAUAGAUGUGAUGAAAAGCUUAGACCAAGAAUUCAACCAGCAGAGAGACAGAGGUAAAGGAAAUUUCGAGGGUUCAAAUCAUAGUCGGGGUGGGCAUUAUGGGGGAAGCUACAGGGGUAGUGGGUUUAAUUCAUACCAAAGUAGAGGGGAGUUCUAUGGUAGUCCACACAACCAGAGGGGAAGAGGGCGAGGAGGGCCUGCUUUUCAUUCCCCCCGGGGCAGAGGCCGAGGGUUCAACUCACAGCCAGGUGGGCAUCAUAAUGACUUCCACCGUGGUACGCCUCCCUACAGUCCCUCGGCACGGGGUUAUCACGGCACUGAUAACUAUGGAGGAGGGAGGGGAGGGAGGAGGGGGGGAAGGGGAGGGAGGCAGUGGUGGUGAAAAUGUAUUGUCAUUAUCUCAGAAUAAUUGAAUCUUAAAUUUUUGGUUUGUUUUUCAUUCAGCUACUGUAUAUUUAUAUGUUACUGUGGUCUCUUUUAUUAUAUAUAUAUGUCAAGGAGUCCACAAAGAGGAGUGUUAUGCAGUAGAUGGUACAAAUUUUCUUAGCCUUGGGGAAGAAGAGUUUAAAAAGAGAAGUACUUUGCCCAUAGAGAUAUAAGCCACCCACCUGUACUGUUGCUUCCAGGAUAUUGUCAGUAACAAUUUUUAAAUGGUAUUCAGAAAAAAAAAAGACAGGAGUUUUAUUUUUUGUGAUAGAAGGCAAUUUAUAAGAUCUUUGUUGAUUAUAUGGUAUUUUCACCUAUACUAAUAGUACAUCGUCUUUGUACUUAGUGUGUAAGAUAACUAUUUUUCUUUUCUUUUUUUUCCCCAAAGACCUGUCAAUGUUGAAGAUGAUCACUUGUAUAAACUUUUAACAGUUGUAAUUGUGCUCAUUGACAGAGCAGUUAAAAAGCCUUUUGUCAUGCCUAUGUACAUGAGUUCAAACGAGAUGGAAAUAAAAGGAAAAUGACACCAAAAAGAAAGGGAAAUGUCAUAUAUUUUAAAAAUGGAAA